AUGUUACGCGGCCUUCGCGUUUGGAUCGACGAAGCCGAGGCUGCCGUGGAACUGACGCUUGGGUUGCUGGUGAUGCAGAAGCUCGGGUAUAGUGAGCAGACACUACUCGAGAACGCGCGUCGGCAGCAGGCGGUAUGGGACUUCGCCGAUCAGCCGGACACGACGCCUGGCAUAGCGAUGCAUCGGACACUCCGCAUGGAGGAGCUGUCCGAUGGUAUUGACGACGACGAAGGCAUGUGCUGCGCGACGCCAGAAUUGGGUAUGAUACCUAGUCUAGCUGACGCCGAGGCAGUUCGUACCGUCUUGAUGGCCAAGGUGGCCGAGGCAGCAGCUGACGGCAUGGAAGAACCUGCCGUUGAAGCCCUCCAAGACCUCCUGCUGAAGUUUCAAGGUGUUUUCCGCCUGAUCUUUGGGCGAGAUCCUCCAGUCCGAGUGGAGCCUUUGAAGGUGCACAUCAAACCGGGGUCCGUACCGGUGAAGUCAGGGCUCAGGCGUUACCCUCCGACCCACAUGGCGUUUCUCGAGAAGCAUAUCCGGGCGACCUGCGGAUGA